CCAAUUGGCGUGUUUCUUACUGAGGAACUGGAUUUUGGCCAAUGAGAAGUCGGCUUUGUUUUUCUCGGCGUUUGGUGGCAGUCAUGGCGCCACCCGUGAGGUACUGCAUCCCUGGCGAACGUCUGUGUAACUUGGAGGAGGGCAGCCCGGGCAGCGGCACCUACACCCGGCACGGCUACAUCUUUUCGUCGCUUGCUGGCUGCAUGACGAAGAGCAGCGAGAACGGCGCGCUUCCUGUCGUGUCCGUGAUGAGAGAAACAGAGUCCCAAUUACUGCCAGAUGUGGGGGCAAUUGUAACCUGUAAGGUCUCUAGCAUCAAUUCGCGCUUUGCCAAAGUACACAUCCUAUAUGUGGGGUCCACACCACUUAAGAACUCUUUUCGAGGAACUAUUCGCAAGGAAGAUGUCCGAGCUACUGAAAAAGACAAGGUUGAAAUUUAUAAGAGUUUCCGCCCAGGUGACAUUGUCUUGGCCAAAGUGAUCUCCCUAGGUGACGCACAGUCCAACUACCUCCUGACCACUGGUGAAAAUGAGCUAGGGGUGGUGGUGGCCCACAGUGAAUCAGGUGUCCAGAUGGUUCCCAUCAGCUGGUGUGAGAUGCAGUGCCCUAAGACCCACACUAAAGAAUUCCGGAAAGUGGCCCGAGUACAGCCUGAAUUUUUGCAGACCUAAGAAGUCACAGUUUACCCCCAAGGAGGGGUAAGCUGUUUCCAAGAGUACAUGUAUGAAAGUUACAGUAAGGUGCUGUUGUCUUUAUUCAAACAUCUGGAGUCAGCCCCCAACCACCUUUAGAAAAGUCCGAGACUUCCUAUGUAGGUGAGACAUUUUUCUUGUAAACCUUUCGGUGGAUUUCAUUCUCUUGAGUGAAAAAUUUCUUUUUUGGAGGCUCCAUAAACAAAAUGUAUAAAAUGUUGGAAAUAGCCUAUUCCUUCUGACAAUCUUAUAAAUACGUAUUUUUUUGCUGUGACAAAAAGCAAACAAACAAAAAACUCUUUUUUAUUAAAAGGAUUUUAUGGUUUCUGUUGUCUUGAGUAGGGGAAGGAAUCUAAACUGUGUCAUGACUUGGAGCAGAGGUUUGCCUGAUGGCACCCAUUAACUGACAUGUGUCAAGUGCUUGCUUGCUCUGGACAAAGCCUAAUCUCUAAUCUUUUUGUUUUUUUAUGUUCUCUUUUAAAUACUCUGCUAAUUGUAUACUUAUAUGUGUCAGGCACUGGGUCAAGCACUUUUCCUCCCCAUUUAGUGAGGUUAUGGUUUAGUGAAAAACAUAGGACACAUGGUGAUUCAGGUAGCAUUUUAGUAGUUCUGAAAGUAACUUGGUAAACAGUAUAACUGAUAUAGUGAGUGCUCUAGGAAACGUUUUUUAAAUCUGAAUUGAAAAGAGGGACAGCACUAUCAUGUGAGGUGGCCAGGCAAGGAUUUGUGACAUGAGGUAAAAGGAAUUAAUGUAGAAAAGUGAAGAUAUAUUCAAGGCAGAAAGGGAAGCUCAGAUGAAGGGCAGAAGCAAGAAUGAACACAUAAGUUUGAGAACGAGGAAGGCAUGAGGGUUAGGCAUGGAGAAAUUGCAAAGGGAAUGGAAGGCACAGUGAAUUAUGUUACUCCUUGAGCUGUUAUUCAAGGAGCCCAUGUCUCCUCUGUGUUGUGACAGUGGUUGAGGGUAAGCUUUGGAGUCAGCCCAAAUAGAUUUGCAUCCUCUAGUUCUAGCCUUGAGCAGGUUAGGUGGUUUUGUUUUUUUAAUUGAAAUUUUUGAGAUAAUGGUAGGUUUUAAGAAAUAAUAGAGAGAUCCCCUGUACACUUUGCCGAGUUUCCCCCAAUGGUGACGUUUUGCAAAAUUAUACUAUAACAAUCAGGACGUUGACAUUGAUACUUGAGCAAGUUAUUUUUUCUUUGUUUCAGCUGGAAUAGUAUGACUGUAUAAGAUUAUUAUGAGGAAGAAAUGCAUAAAAAUGCUCAAUAUAUACCAA